GCAUAGCAUGGGCAAAACGGCGUGCACAAAGCCCCGGCCAAGCAGAUUCCUUUGUUUGUCUCCUGUUCAGUCCCGCUGCAGCCAAAGCCCAGAAUCAGCAGUGCCAAGAGUUGAAGGGGAAAGUGCUCACCCAGCGAAAGCCCUAAAUCCCCCAUUGUGUGUCCUUUGUGCGGCAAGCCUCGCGAUACUGCCGGGCACGCGCCCCGCCGUAUAUAUUGGGGUGUCCAACUUUUUUACUGUUACACUUUCUUACUUGUGGGCCAGGUUGGACAGUAUCCAGUGGAAAAUGUCGCAGUAUUCUGGAAAGAUCACCUUCUACGAGGGAAAAUGCUUCACUGGCAGGCAGCUGGAGGUCAGGGGCGACUGCGAUAACUUCCAGGACCGUGGCUUCAUGAACCGCGUCAACUCCAUCCGUGUGGAGAGCGGCGCCUUCUGCUGCUUCGACCACCCCGACUUCAAGGGACAGCAGUACAUCCUGGAGCACGGCGAAUACCCAGAGUUCCAGCGUUGGAACAGCCACAACGACCACAUGGGCUCCUGUAAGCCCAUCAAGAUGCACGGUGAGCACUACAGAAUGGAGCUGUUCGAGGCCUGUAACUUCUCCGGCCAGUGUGUGGAGAUCUGUGAUGACUGCCCCUUCCUGCAGAGCCGUGGCCUCAGCAAGAACUGCAUUAACUCCAUCAAGGUCUAUGGAGACGGAGCCUGGGUGAUGUAUGAGGAGCCUAACUUCCGCGGCCGCAUGUACAUCGUGGAGAGAGGAGACUACUGCAGUCACAACGAGUGGCAGGCCCAGAACCCCAACAUCCAGUCCAUCCGUAGGGUGGUCAACUACUUCUAAACCUCUUCUCCUAUCCUACCCCAGACCUCGACCCUGGCAUGGACUGUGACUUUUACCACUACCGCUCUAGAAAUGUUCAAUAAAAAAAGACACCCCCAAAAAAUCACACAAAUUUAUUUUUAUCAAAGACUUGGCGUGUUCUCCUUCUGUGAGCUACUAUGAAGUGUAUGAGGGUCUAUACAGGGUAGUGGUUUUCAACCUGGGGGUACUAGUACCCCUGGGGGUACCCCUACUAUCCACAGGGGGGUGCUUGUCAAGAGGUAAGAGUAAAACGUGACUGUGGUAAAGUGACCAAAAAAGGUUAUAUAUAUGGAACCAGUGAGAUUGUAUAGAGCACAGGCAGGGAAAGAAAUACUAACAAUCACCAGUGUUGGGGAAGCAAUUCUGAAAAUAUAGUUUAUCAAGCAACCAAUUACUUCACACUGGAAGAAGUUAAACUACACUAAAGCUACCCUAAGACAAAUAUACACUGAACAAAAAUAUAAAUGCAACAUGCAACAAUUUCCAAAUUUUUACUGAGUUACAGUUUAUAUAAGGAAAUCAGUCAAUUGACAUAAAUUCAUUAGGCCCUAAUGAUUUCACAUGACUGGAAAUACAGAUAUGCAGCUCUUGGUCACAGAUACCUUUAAAAAAAGUUAGGGGCAUGGAUCAGAAAACCAGUCAGUAUCUGGUGUGACCACCAUUUGCCUCAUGCAGUGCAACACAUCUCCUUCACAUAGAGUGGAUCAGACUGUUGAUUGUGGCCUGUGGAAUGUUGUCCCACUCCUCUUCAAUGGCUUUGCGAAGUUGCUGGAUUUUGUCGGGAACUGGAACACACUUUCCUGUUUGUAUUUGUAUUUAUUAGGAUCCCCAUUACUUCCUGCCAAGGCAGCAGCUACUCUUCUUAGGGUCCAGCAGCAUUAAGGCAGUUAUAUACAAUUUAAAAGAUUACAUGACAUUACAUUUCAUAACAUUUUACCCAAUAAAUGUAGUGUUCCCUCAGGCCACUACUCCACUAUCACAUAUUUACAAUACAACUGAUGUGUACGUGUGUAGUGUGUGUCUUAUCAUGUGUAUGUGUGUCUGUGCCUAUGUGUGUGUCUUCACAGUCCCCGCUAUUCCAUAAGGUGUAUCUGUAUCCAUUUUUUAAAUCUGAUUCUACUGCUUGUAUCAGUUAGCUGAUGUGGUAUAGAGUUCCAUGUAGUCAUGGAACCCUAUACCAAAAAAAAAAAGACUUCUCCCCAUCUUAGCUACUGUUGCAUCAACAUGUUUUGACCAUGACAGUUUACAAUCCAGUGUUACUCCAAACAGUUUAGUCACCUCAAAUUGCUAAAUUUCCACAUUAUUUAUUACAAGAUUUAGUUGAGGUUUAGGGUUUAGUGAAUGAUUUCUCCCAAAUACAAUGCUUUUAGUUUUUGAAAUAUUAUUCCUUACCACCCAUUCUGAAACGAACUGCAGCUCUUUGUUACGUGUUGCACUGAUUUCACUAGCUGCAGUAGCUGACGUGUAUAGUGUUGUCAUCCGCAUACAUAGACACACUGGCUUACUCAAGGCCAGUGGCGUGUCAUUAGUAAAAGGUAAGGGGCCUAGACAGCUGCCCUGGGGAAUUCCUGAUUCUACCUGGAUUAUGUUGGAGGCUUCCAUUAAAGAACAUCCUCUGUGUUCUGAUAGACAAAACUCUUUAUCCACAAUAGAGCAGGGGGUGUAAAGCCAUAACACAUACGUUUUUCCAUCAGCAGACUAUGAUCGAUAAUGUCUAAAGCCGCAUGGAAGUCUAACAAAACAGCACCGACAAUCUUUUUAUCAUCAAUUUCUCUCAGCCAAUCAUCAGUAAUUUGUGUAUGUGCCGUGCUUGUUGAAUAUCCUUCCCUAUAAGCAUGCUGAGUCUGUUGUCAAUUUUUUGACAGUAAAAUAGCAUUGUCUCUGGUCAAAAAAAAGAAAUCAAAAUGUUUACUAAGGGUUGGUAACAGGCUGAUUGGUCGGUUAUUUGAGCCAAUAACGGGGCUUUACUAUUCCUGUGAAGCAGAAUUACUUUUGCUUCCCUCCAGGCCUGAGUGCACACAUUUUCUAGUAGCCUUAGAUUGAAGAUAUGGGGAAAAGGAGUGGCAAUAUUGUCCACUACUAUCCUCGGUAAUUGUGCAUCCAAGUUAUCAGACCCUGUCAUAUAUCUUUGUUUCAUAGUGUAGUUUCUUCUUUUUAUUCAGUUUAGUCACAUGAUUUCUCAAUUUGCGGAACGCUUGCCAAUCUUCUGUAUUUACACAUCAACAACAUAGGAAUCACUACAAAACUCUUAUACACUAUAUUAGGCCCAGCCUUUGUAACUUUGGUUUUCCUAGAUAUGGCUACUAUAUUGUGAUCACUACAUACGAUGGAUUUGGAUACUGCUUUAAAGCAAAUUUCUGCAGCAUUAGUAAAGAUGUGAUCAAUACAUGUUAAUGAUUUCAUUCCUGUGCUGUUUGUAACUACCCUGGCAGGUUGACUGAUAACCUGAACCAGGUUGCAGGCACUGGUAACAGUUACGUUUUUUCUUGAGUGGGCAGCUUGAUGAAAGCCAGUCAAUAUUUAAAUCACCAUGAAAAUAUACCUCUGUUGAUAUCACAUACAUUAUCAAGCAUUUCACACGUUAUCCAAAUACUGACUGUUAGCACUUGGUGGUCUACAGCAGGUUCCCACCAGAAUGGGCUUUAGGUGAGGCAGAUGAACCUGUAGACAUAUUACUUCAACAGUAUUCAACACAAGAUCCUCUCUAAGCUUUACAGGAAUGUGAUUCUGAAUUUAAAAUGGAAACACCUACCCCUUUGUCAUUUCUGUCUUUUUUGUAGAUGUUAUAACCAUGUAUUGUUACCACUGUAUCAUCAAAUGUAUUAUCUAAGUGAGUUGUGCAUGUCUAUCCAGAGCAUCCCAAACAUGCUCAAUGGGUGACAUGUCU